AAGCUGCAAUAUCAUCAGUCUGGCGUGCAAGACGUGGCAAAAAUGGCUGUCCAAACCAAAUCUUAAUGACUCCGGCUUCAAUCUGAAGUGCUCAACCAAACAAGAAUUUUCACUUUCCCAGGAAAAUCAGAGAGAAAACAGAAGGAAAGAAGGAAAAGAGUAAAAAGAAACCAUUUAAAGAACGAAUUUUUGCAGUGGGUUUUAACUUUUCCUUUUGUCCUUGUUGAGAAAAAGAAAAGGGGAAAAUUCUCUUCAGAAAGAGUGGGUAGUGCCGAUUCUAACAGAACUGGUUGCUCAAACUUCAGCUGUGAGAUGAAAAUAUAAACAGCCAGAUUUAUAUCUAAUAUAUAUAAUUUUUUUGGGAACUUGAAACUGUAAAGAGCACCAGGGUUUCUGGUGGUAUGAACCUUUUAGCCUUAAAUAUAUAGGGGGGAGAGAGAGAGAGGGGCUUGUGCGUGUCUUUGGUUUUGACAAUAUUUUAGUGUUGAGAAUCUGUAGGAUAUGUCUCCUCAGCUGACUGAGUGAGCCCGGACUACAUGGGCUUUGCCGUCGACCAAGGAAACAACCUUUUCUCUAGCUCUCUUCCCAUUCAACUGAACCUUCUCUAAAAAAUGUAAAACCCCAUCUCUCUCUCUCUCACAUACACACUAAUUGGUCCUGCCUUGGUUGCUGUCAAGAUUCGGUCAUACGAAGCAUGUAUCAUUCCCCUCUUUGAGAUCCCAUUUCCUUUCCUUGAAGUCCUGAAAGUUGGUUAUAAUCAGAAAUUUGGUCCCCACCCCUGGGUUGGUUUUUUUUCCAUUUCUGGACUCUAUUCCUCGAAGGGGGGGUUAUGUUUGAUUAUUGGGGAUGUAACAUAGCGAGUGCUUUGGGGUUAACUUUGAAGUGAUUUGAGUGGUGGGAAAGUUUAGUUUUGGGUAUCAAAGGAGAAGUAGAUCGUCCAGUUGCCAGGAUGAAGUUCAUGAAACUUGGAUCGAAGCCUGAUUCGUUUCAGACUGAUGGGAAUAAUGUCAGGUACGUGACUACUGAGUUGGCAACCGACAUUGUGGUUAAAGUUGGGGAUGUGAGGUUUUAUUUGCACAAGUUUCCACUUUUGUCCAAGAGUGCCCGUUUGCAAAAGUUGGUUGCCACCACAAAUGAAGGAAAUGAAGACGAAGUCCACAUUCAUGACAUUCCAGGUGGUCCUGCUGCCUUCGAAAUAUGUGCCAAGUUCUGUUAUGGCAUUACAGUCACCUUAAAUGCUUACAACGUUAUUGCAGCACGUUGUGCGGCAGAAUACCUAGGAAUGAAUGAGACACUUGAAAAAGGGAACCUCAUCUACAAGGUGGAUGUUUUUCUCAACUUCAGUAUUUUCCGAAGCUGGAAGGAUUCUAUCAUAGUUCUUCAGACUACGAAGUUACUAUUACCUUUAUCUGAGGAAUUGAAGUUGGUCAGCCACUGCAUUGAUUCUAUUACUUCCAGAGCUUCUGUUGAUGUUUCCAAGGUGGACUGGUCCUAUACCUACAGCCAAAAAAUGCUACCAGAGGAAAAUGGGAAUGAUUCUAACUGGAAUAGCAUCAAAAGCCGGGUGGUGCCCAAGGAUUGGUGGGUUGAGGACUUGUGUGAGCUUGAAGUAGAUUUAUACAAACGGUUAAUUGUAAUGAUAAAGGACAAAGGGAUAAUUUCUAGUGAAGUGAUUGGAAAAGCUUUGAAAGCUUAUGCCCUGAGAAGAUUGCCAGGAUUUAGUAAGGGUAUUAUUCAGUGUGGCGAUGUCCUGAAGACUCGUUCGAUAGUGGAUACGAUCGUGUGGCUGUUGCCUUCUGAGAAAGGCAGCGUCUCUUGUGGUUUCAUGCUCAAGUUGUUAAAAGCAGCCGUUUCCAUGGAUUCAGGAGAAAUGGUUAAGGGAGAACUAGUGAAAAAAAUAGGGCAGCAAUUGGAGGAGGCUUCUGUUAAUGAUUUUUUGAUACAAGUAAAGGAUGGGGAAACAACCGUGUAUGAUGUUAAUAUAGUCCAGAAAAUACUGGAGGUGUUUUUGAUACAGGAUAAAAAUGCCGAAGGUGAAUUAGAGGAGAGCCGUGAGAUUCAGGAGAUAAGAAGGCCAGGGAUUUUAUCAGAAGCAUCCAAGUUGAUGGUGGCAAAGCUCGUUGAUGGGUACCUCACUGAAAUUGCAAAAGAUCCUAAUCUACCUUUGGCAACUUUUGCUGAUGUCGCAGAGAUGGUGUCUGGUUUUGCGCGGCCUGCUCACGAUGGACUUUAUCGGGCCAUUGACAUGUAUCUUAAGGAACACCCCGGGAUUAGCAAGAGUGAGAGGAAGAGGAUAUGCAGGCUGAUGGACUGCAAGAAGUUAUCUGUUGAUGCAUGCAUGCAUGCUGUACAAAAUGAGAGACUCCCCUUGAGAGUUGUUGUGCAGGUGCUCUUUUUCGAGCAAGUAAGGGCUGCUGCAUCAUCUGGCAGCAGCACUCCUGACCUUCCCAAAGCCAUUAAAGAUCUUAAUAGUGGCUCCCAUGGGAGCUCACGAUCGGCAACAACCAACACCGAAGAAGAGUGGGAUGCUGUGGCAACAGCAGAAGAGCUUAGGGCGUUGAGGGGUGAGUUAGCAGCCUUAAGGUUAGGCCAUGGAGGAGGGAGUGAGAGAAGUGGUGGUAAAAGUAAUGCUGACAACACUGCAAUAGGUAAAAUGAAAGGGUUGCUUAUGUCAAAGAAAAUCUUUUCAAAAUUGUUGUCAAACAAAAGGGCCCUGAUUGAGAAUAGUGGUUCGGAUUCAUCGGAGAGCCUUGGUUCUGCUAAUCCAGAAGCAGCAGCUAAAUCCACUCCUUCCAGAAAAGGGAGGCAUUCAGUUUCGUAGGGAAAGGAAUUUAUGGUAUUUGGUUUUUGUUUUUGGGUUUUUUUUUUCACUUUUAAUGAAUGACAUUAGCAUGGUAAAAGCUAGUGGUUAUCUUUCCUUCGAGCAAAUGAAGCUUACA